CUCACGCAAUCAAACCUCCAUAGCUAAUAGUGAGCCACGUGUAAACGUUCAUCUCAAGCCCAGAUUCGGCUAUAAAUACUUCCGAAAAAUGUCUCUCUCUCAUUACAUUUCACAGUUCUCUCGUUCUCCAAUGGCGACUUCUCUGCCAUUUUGGCUUCCUUUUGCGAUCUUGAUCCUCUAUCUCCUCGUCUCCCAAGCAAAUGCCACUGAAAUUCUUAACUCAACCUCCGCCGCCGCUAGCACAUUCUCCCCGCCGCUACUGUCUUCGCCUCCGGUUUCUGCUCCGCCUACAAUCUCUCACGAUAUCCAUGAAAACGCCUUCUUCUCUCAUACAGCUCUCCUUGCUCCGAUACUUUCUCAUCUCGGCUUCAACGAGCUGUCGAUGGCGGCUCCUUCUCUCUCCUCCGACUCUUCCGCCACCGCUUGGUCAGGUCCCUCUACACUUUUUGCUCCCUCUGAUUCCUCUCUCCAUACUUGCUUAUCUUGCUCUAUUCCAAAUAUCCUUCGUGAACACAUGAUUCCUGGUCUUUACACCAUCGAUUAUCUCAGAAAACUUGUUUUCGGCACUAAAAUAGAAACCCUAAGUCCUGGUCGUUGUCUCACCGUCACCUCUACUUCGUUCAAAAGCACCACCGCACCAUCCUCCGCAGUCAAAGUUUUCAUUGGUGGCGUGGAGAUCACGCAUCCAGAUCUGUUCAAUAAUGGCCUCAUUAUAGUUCAUGGACUCCAAGGCUAUGUUGCUCCUCUCUCGCAGUUCUCUUGCGAUGUUGAGAGAUUGAGUUCUCUUAUGAUUCCAUACACGCCAGAUCGUGCUUCUCGCCAUACACAACACCAGCCACUGGCGCAGCCUGCUAUCAUGCGGUUGAUGCUUCGUGACGCGAUGCUCAGACUCCGCAACAAUGGCUUUAGCAUCCUUUCUCUUGCGAUGAGAGUGAAAUACGCUGAGCUUGUGAGCUUAAGCAACAUGACAGUGUUUGCUCUCGACGACGCUUCAAUCUUCAGUGGAUCUCACUCAUACAUCAGUAUCAUAAGAUUUCACAUCGUGCCUAACCAUUUUUUGACUGCUGCUGACCUGGAGAAGCUUCCGGUGGGGGCCACACUCCCUUCGCUCGAAAGAGGCCAGUCUCUGGUGGUUACUACUGCUGGUGGAGGUGGUCCAGGGGCGUAUCCCAUGAGGAUUAACUAUGUGAGACUUAAAGUGCCUGACGUGAUACGUAAUCUGAAGAUUGUUGUGCACAGCCUUCACCUGCCGUUCCCAAGGAUUGAUCUCGCUGCUGCCAGCUUUGAUGGAAUAAUGGGAACUGAAUUGGACAGUGGAGAUCAUGCAGCCGAGGAAGAAGCCUGUGCGGCUGGUAUGGAGGACGGAGGAAGUUGCGUUGCGGUCCCUAUGCCUCAGGUGAACCCAACGGCGGAGAUUGAAGAUCAUAAUGGCCUGUAGGUGAAGACUGAUGUGUCAUUCAUUUUCUUUUGUUGGUGAUGACGUGUCAUGUGAAUAUUCUUGAGUAACGGUUUCAGGCUGCUGUUAGUCUGAGUCGAGUCAAAGUUUGUUUUAAGUUGCCAGUACAAGAUUUGUAGAGGUCAUCCAAGUAAGACGCAUGUACUGUGCAUGCUACAAAAAUUUCCAUCUGUUUUGAAUUUUCAAUACAAUAAUAAUGGUAAUCGUUUUCAUUCUCA